AUGGUUACAGCCGCCCACCACAGCCCAACUCCUGAUCAGCAGGCACCUACCGGCGAGGCCGCGGCAGAGUUUCCCGUUGGUCAACAGAACGCGGCACUGAUUUGGUGCACAAGCACGAUUUUGCGGACACAACGACCUAAGUGA